AUGCAAUCAAAAAAAUAUUAAUGGAUUUGCAUCAUUACAUAUUGGGUUUAAACUGAAAAUUUGGCAAACCAAAGCAGGAACAAUGAGUUGUACAAUAAAACAGAAAUUUAUAUUCUUAAUCUCUUUAUGAGAAUAGUUCUACUAGUAUGGACAGCAAGCUACAUUUAGAACCAACUAUUUGUAUACAGUCUAUCUAGUUAAUGUAAUCCUUGUUUAUAUAAGUUUUGCCCUGUUUGUUAUUCAGUAAUUGAGCGAGAUUCUUUUUACAUUUAUAAGCUCUUUUUUGAAAGAUUUGUGAUAUUAAUUGUUAAUUAGUAGCUUAUUUCAAUUAUUUUUUACUGCUUGAUUGCAACAAGCGCUUUAGAACUUAAUAACUGUAUCUACUCCUAAUUAGAGCUAUUAUAUCAAUGCGUAGUUGUCGCAUCUUGUAGACGAACUCAAACCUGCUAUUUUUCUAUUAAAUUAAAAAGCGUAAAAUUAUUCAUGUUUGGACUUAAGAUGAAUUCAGGACAAAAUUGUGACACUCACUCGUCAAUCAUGAUAGCAGUAGAGGUGGCUUUCAAAAAGUACAAGAAAGGCUGUCAGUUAAAAAUUUAUAUUGAUAAUCAACUUAUAUCAUAUUUAGCAAACAGUUUUUAAUAAUGUAUUAUGACAAUUCUGGUUCAUCUUUGUUUAACGAUAUAACUUGUAUAAUAUUUGAUUCCGGAUGUUCAAAAUACUUAUCAUAUUCGCUUCUUUGGAUUGUAUUCUAGGGCUACUAUUAUCACUUCAUGCACAUUUUAUGUAGGCAAUGAGGUGACAAAAAUACUUUUUUCACAAAUGCAUGAAUGGAAUUUAAAGAUGCUAGUACAUAAUUUGGUUACCUAUUUAUAUUAUCCUUCCAAAGAGUUACUAGGGCUGCUAGCAAUCACAAAACUAUAAGAGUGUUUACUAAGCAAAAUUUCUCCACUUUUACAUCAUAUCUCGUAUAUAUCAUAUUUUGUCCUUCUUUUAAUAAUGGCUACUUCAUUUAUAAUCAGUAUCCUCCAAACCAUCCGCUUUAAGUGUAAUUAUAAUAACUACCUAAGGUUAUGCUAAACUCUUAUAAAUAACCUUUACAUCCACAAAGAAAAUGAAAAGGGAGAUUAAUCUAAAUCGCUGCUUAUCUUGCAUUUGCUGCUAUCUUGCGCUUAAAGCCCAACCUAUUAUUUAAGUUUUACCUAUAUAAAUCUUAUAAAUCAACUUUUCACAAGAAUAUCAUAUUAAAAGCUUAUUAUGUUUGUUAGGAUGUUCUUAAACAGCUAAAAUAGUCUUUUCUAUUUCUGA